AUGUCUCUAUCCCUCCCCGGGCCCUCCCAGCAGGGCCUCUUCAAGGCCGGGUACCAGAGCCACGAUGCCGAAGAUGGUGCCGUCAUUCGCAACAUUGAAGCCUGCCAGGCUAUCUCUCAAACUGUCCAGACCUCCCUGGGCCCCUACGGCCGCAACAAGAUCGUCAUCAACCACCUGCAGAAGAUGAUCCUGACCUCCGACGCCGCUACGAUCCUCCGCGAGCUGGAUGUUGUCCAUCCCGCCGCCAAGCUCCUGGUUAUGGCCAGUCAGCAACAGGAUGCAGAGAUGGGCGAUGGCACGAACUUGGUUAUCGUCCUCGCGGGCGAGCUGUUAAAGAAGGCGGAGGAGCUGAUCCGUAUGGGAUUGAAGACCAGUGAUAUUGUCUCCGGUUAUGAGAAGGCUCAGAAUUUCGCCUUGAAGGUUCUUGAAGAUCUCGAGGUUGACCGCCUGAAGGAGAUGCGUUCUGUAACGGAGCUCAGCAAGGCCCUCCGAACCGUUGUGGCAAGCAAGCAGUCCGGCACCGAAGAUAUCCUGGCUGCUUUGGUCUCCGAGGCCGUGCUCGCAGUGCUGCCUAAAAACCCCCUCAACUUCAACGUGGAUAAUGUGCGUGUGGUCAAGAUUAUGGGCGGCAGCUUGGAACAGUCCAAGGUGGUGAAGGGUAUGGUGUUCGGCCGGGAGCCGGAUGGUAUUGUCAAGCAGGCCCGCCGGGCCAAGGUUGGUGUGUUCAGCUGCCCUAUCGACACCUCGCAGACCGAGACCAAGGGCACUGUUCUGCUGAAGAAUGCCCAGGAGAUGGUUGACUUCACCAAGGGUGAGGAAGAGCGCCUCGAGGCCGCCAUCAAGGAGCUGUAUGACUCCGGCCUCCGUGUGGUUGUUGCCGGUUCCACCAUCGGCGAUCUGGCCAUGCACUAUCUCAACCGUUUCAACAUUCUGGUUAUCAAGAUUCUGUCCAAAUUCGAGCUCCGCCGCCUGUGCCGCGUUGUCGGUGCUACUCCCCUCGCCCGCCUAGGUGCCCCCAUGCCCGACGAGAUGGGCCAGAUCGACGUCGUCGAGACAACCGAGAUUGGUGGUGACCGUGUUACCGUGUUCCGUCAAGAAGACGCCAAUGCUGUCACCCGCACAUCCACCAUUGUGCUCCGUGGCGCUACCCAGAACCACCUGGAUGACGUGGAGCGCGCCAUUGAUGACGGUGUGAACGUCGUCAAGGCCAUCACCAAGGACCCGCGUCUCGUCCCCGGCGCCGGCGCCACCGAGAUUCAGCUCGUCGAGCGCAUCUCCAACUUCGCUGACAAGACCCCCGGCCUGCCGCAGCACGCCAUUCGCAAGUACGCCGAGGCCUUUGAAGUGGUUCCGCGUACGCUGGCCGAGUCCGCCGGCCUGGAUGCCACUGAGGUUCUCUCUCGCCUGUACACCGCGCACCACCGCACCAACGCCGCUGAGGCCUCUGAAGAGGAGGGCAGCUCUUCCGACGAGGAGGAGCCGUACUGGACCACCGGCGUGGACCUGGAGGUCGGCUCUUCCGCUGGCACCCUGGAUGCCGUCGAGGAGGGCAUUCUCGACCUGCUGGCCUCGAAGAGCUGGGCCAUCCGUCUCGCCAGCGAGGCAGCCCGGACCGUGCUGAGCGUGGACCAAAUCAUUGUUGCCCGGCAAGCGGGCGGACCCAAGCCGCCAGGUCCCAACCCCAACUGGGAUGAGGAUUAA